AUGCCACUCCCUGUUCCAAGUCUCAUUAAAGAUGGCGAAUCUGCUGAUGCUCGUUUACUAAGCUUGGACUCAUGCCACAAAAUCUUCAUUCCCCGUGAUUAUUCCACAGGAUUAAACGUUAAGUUUGACACAACCUAUCCAUCGAAGUUUAGUGGAACAGGGAUAACGGAGGAAAUAUGGACUAAUACUAUAACUACAAUCAAUAAAAUUUUUGAAGAAGCAGAGAGUGUGGGAUGGUCUUCGUUCUUCGAAACCAUAAUCGGAUGUGCAACAUGUUAUAUUAGUCGCAUCUUCUCCUCCACGUUGUACGAAAAGAAAAUUUCGGAGUUAGUGGAGUUCAUUGAGAGACAAAAUAGAGAUAUUUAUAAACCUUCUGACGUGUAUAUAGUUUCUCCUAUGGAAAGGGGAUUGAGAGUUAUUGAAAUUAGUUUAUUGGGUACAACGACAAAUGAACCAUUGGAUCGAGUUGAUAAUGCCAGAGGUAACACUGCUUAA